AUGCAGUCCCGCCGCCUGCCCCCGAUCCCCCCGGGGCCGACCGGCCGUCCCCCCACCCUCAACCAUAUCAACGACGUCAACGAGCCGUUUCCCACGCGCGAUGCCCUUCAAGCCGCUACCAAGAGCCACUCCCAAGGAAACUUCACCAUCUCAGCCCGCAAGCUCCCCAUCUCCAAGGCCGGCGCCAUCGACCACCUCACCGAGAAGAUCGGCAUCCCCAUGCCGGAGAUGAUAUUCGGCGACAACAUUGUGUCCAUCCUGCACAGACCCUCCAAGUGGUACUUUGAGUUUAACACCCCAGAUGCGCUGGACGCCGUGGACAAGACGGACAAGCACAUGCUCAAGGUAGCCUACGCGCGGGACUGGGAGAGCACGCGAGAGGGAACAACACAAAACAUCAAAGAGGUUGUCAAGCCCUACGACUGGAGCUAUUCCACCACCUAUGCGGGAACCGUGGGCGUGGCAGGCCAGCAGCAGCAGCAGCAGCAAUACGAUGGACCCUCUUCUUCCGAAGCUGCAAGCAGCCCAAUCGUCCCGCAGUUCCAACCGACAGACAAAAAGAUACCAGUCGAACUACUAAAGAGGCGCGACCCGAUCCUCUUCUUCGACGAGGUAGUUCUGUACGAGAGCGAGCUGGACGACAACGGAAUCUCAAUGUACAGCGCCAAAGUGCGCGUCCACCAGCAGCGCAUGUUGAUCCUGUGCCGCCUGUUCAUGAGGCUAGACAAUGUGGUCGUCAGACUGCGCGACACAAGGAUAUACGUCGACUUUGAGACCGACGAGGUGAUGCGAGAGUAUACCGCCAAGGAGGCCAAGUUUGACGACGUGAAGCGGAAGCUUGCCAUGUCAGGGCGUCUACCGGAUGACAUUACUGUUGUCUUGCGAAACCCAAACGAGUUGGACCCCUUGCUGGACAUUGUGCAACACCAGACCGAGGCGCUUUGCCUGAAGUAG